AUGAAUAUCAUCGACAUCUACCCUGACACUGCCGUUUCUGCCCACUCAUCCUUCAAGUCUCUUUCCUUUCCGCCUAUCCUCUCGAUCGACCAAUUACUCGGCAAGUCCAACUUCAAGUCAUGGCGCUCUUCAAUUGAACCUGUCCUUCUUGCCAAUACUCUCUCAUCGAAGCUCGUCCUCGGAGACUGGCCCGAACCUUCUAGAGAACGAGCAGCCUCGUCGGCGUUUGCGUUUGACAAUCCAACAGUCGGAGUCGCACAGAUCGAACAGGAACGAAGUGAAUGGCACACAGCAAACGCAGCGACAUGUCGCUUCAUUCGCGCCACUUUGGCGUUGAAUGUAGCCCCCUUCGUCCGCCAGCACAACACUGCCAAAGCCCUGUAUUUGAACAUCAUCUGGCUCUACGGUGACGAAGCCGGUAUCGAUACCCAGGGUGGACCACCAGUGCCGGCGGAUGCGCAUUUUCAAAACACCAUGCAGCAAAAGACUCGGGCAGGCUUGCUGGCAGCGUUGGAGAACAGCAGCUGCAGCAUCACGCCGUAUGGCCAGGUCGCAGCUGCUGCUGGGGGAAGACUAUCUCUAUCUCCAAAUGUCAGCUCCAAUAACUCGAGUACGUUGUCAUUGCUCGCGGGACCUUCUUCGAGCCCGGCGGCGUCGCGCAGUGUCCUCGAUGUCAGCAGGCCUGACUCCCAAGCUCUUCCAGCCAGAGACAUCCCCAUGAUCGCUCCGCCACCACCGGCUCUGGUCCACAUCUACGAACGCACACGACAGUCGCCGGACCCGAGUCUCGAUACCAUCCAUGAGCAUGAGGAACCUCAUCCGGGUCGGAGAGUCUCGUUUGGUCAUUGCAGUCGCAGUCGCAGUGGCACCGCAGGGUCUGGCAGCGAAGAGGAUAUCAGUCCGCUCAGUUUGUCGGAGAUGAGUGUGGAAGACGAUGACGAUGAUGAUCAUGAUCAUGAUGUUGACCUGAGUCCGAGAGAUGACGUCCAAGGGCAUACUCGACAGGCCGAUAGGAACAGGGACAAGGACAAUGCUAAUGCCAACAACAACGGCCAGUCUGGAUCCAAGUCCAAAUCGAUCUUCGGCCGAAAUUUUGGAAGAGAACCGACCAAGACGCGCAAGCUAUCCUUCUCCUUCCCGCUCCGGAGGCUGGACAAAGACAAAGAGAAAGCAAAAGAGGAAGGCAAAACUAAAGCUAGAGGAUAG